AAAGAGAUGGGAAAUGAAAUGCAAACGUGGUUUACAGAACGACGAUGACGGCUUCAACGUUUUUCACUGAGCUAUUUGUGGCUUGCUCCUUAACACGCAAAAUGCAGACAGAACAGCAUGGAAACGUUUGUUUUCUUGUUUCCUCAAUUUAACUUCAUGGCCCAAAAGGAGGAAGCGUAUUUCAAAAGUCACGGUCCACGAGACAAGCAAGAACCAACAAUGAAGGCUGAUAAAAGCAGACAGCAAGAAAAGGAGAGGAAGAGCCGUGCUAGUUUCACCAGGUCUGGCUCUCAUGAAAAUGUCAGUCAACAGAAGAAGACCCAACCCAGCAACAUUUCAGCAGAAACGGCUCUGCAAUGGAGCAACUCAUUUGAAGAACUGAUGAAGAACGCAGACGGGGUGGAAACUUUCUCUCAAUUCCUUCGCUCUGAGUUCAGUGAGGAAAACUUAGAGUUCUGGCUGGCGUGUGAAGAAUUCAAGACCUCUGAGUCUGAGAAGAAGCUGCUGUCUAAAGCCAAAAAUAUUUAUACUGUUUUUAUUGAGUCGGAUGCGCCUAAAGAGGUCAACAUUGACUACAGAACCAAGAUGGCCAUCCAGAAAAACUUAGCACAGCCCACAAGCAGCUGUUUCGAAGAGGCUCAGAUGAAAGUCUACAGCCUGAUGAAAAAAGACUCCUAUCCCAGAUUCCUGCACUCGGACCUUUAUUUACGCCUCACAAGCAAAAGAGGACCGGGAAUCCCGAUGUUUCGCAGAAGGUCACGCUCCUGUGUGUUCAACGACCGAGGCGGUGACGGCGCUGAGCCUUCACCGUGGUAGCAAUAACAUUUCAGACAUAGCCGCUCACUCGUAAAAACGAUUAUUACAUUGGUGAUAAUCAGUGGUGAGCUGUAGAAUUUUAAUUGCAUGAUUUGUAUAUGAGAUGGUAAUCAUCCAACGUGUCUGCGAAAUGAAUAAUUUUCUUUUACAAUCAUGCUGGAUUAUUCAACCAAUGUUGGAGCCUGGCGACAAGCCAUUGAUCCACACAAAUAGGGGAUAUUUGGAGAAAUGUGUAAUUGGGUACUACAACUACAUACAGUGUGUAUGUAAAAAUGCAGCUCCAGAUCUCAUCUGUUUAGCAGAUAACUCGUGCUCGUAAUCUUCACAAAACUGUCACUUGAAGUAAUUUCGCCUCAUAAAUGGAAGUCUGAUCAUGUGUUAAUUUCUGGAAGCCGACUGAUGUGUAGAAUUUAACCGUGAAGCAAACCUUUCUUGGAGUGAUACCAUCGUGCCUUCCACUAUUUUUAAUAUCAAGGAUAUGUAUUGUAUGCCCACCAGACACCCAAUCCAGUUAAAAUGUAUGACAGAAAAAAAAUAAGAAUGAAAAAAUUCUGCUCAUAGAAAAGCAAUAACUACAUUACACACAGGAAAGCGGUGACCUCAAACAAGGCCAAACAUUCACAAAAAAGUCAUGUACAAGGCCUUACGGUACUAUUCCUUGUCCUCAUUUUAUUUGUCAGUUCGUUUUGUAGAAUCAUUUGGUAAAUUAUUUCUGUUAAACCCUCCCAGUUCAAAUAAAUGGGACAUCUAUGGCAGUCAAAGUAUUAAAUCAGGUAUUUAACAAGAAUGUCGUUAUAGGAAUCUAAAGUGUGGAUUCUGGUUGAUAAGGUUUCUCUUAAUUAUUACUGAAAGAGCUAAUGAAAAGCUGUUUGGCAGUUUUUGUGUAAUCUUGUUCCCAAAAAACAUGCAAAACUCUCAAAAUUGCACUUUCUUGUAGCAAACAAAAUUACUUUUUCAUAGAUUUGUAUAGCAGACAGUGUUGAUUAUAUUCUGCUGGGGAAAACAUUUCUGAAAUUGUUUAAAAAUAAUAACAAUAAUAACAAUUCACUUUUCUCACCCAGCUGUUUAGAAACAGUUGUUUGAGUCUUCUCAAACAACUGCAUUGUACAUUUCAAAGUUGUCUUAAAAUUGAAAGACACACUUAAAAGUUAAGUAUCGUAUUUUUCGGACUAUAAAUCGCAGUUUUUUUCAUAGUUUGGCAGAGGGUGCGUCUUACACUCUGGAGCGAUUUAUGUGUCCGGGUCGGGCGGACUUCUCUCUCGCUAACUUUUUUUAAAUAAAUAUAUAUUUAUAUAAUUAUACUAAAACGAUCUAUGGAUGUUAAAUAAAAUAAAUAAUUUUCCCCCCCUGGCACCCUCCGCGAGCAUCCUGGUAUUUCCUUUUCGAUAUAGAGCAGCUAGGAGUGAAAAAGUAACUGAAGACGGGAAUUGAAAAGCAAACAACUGCGAAAGGGAUGGGGUAUGGAAAGGACUCAAAUUGAUUGUUGAAGCUACUAUACAGAAACCUGAGUCGGCUUCGCUGAAUGUAAACAAAGGUGCCGCUUUGGUCUCAUACGAGAAAAAUAUUUAACACCUGAUAGCAGACCGACGUUGAAAAGAUGUUGGAUCAACAUUCCACUGUCGAUCUUAUAUUGUUGAAUCAACGUCACUUUUGCACCUUCUUUUAAUGUUGCUUCACUGUUGAAUUCCUUACAAAACCUAAAAUUCAUUUCGAUAAUUAAUACAAUGGAACAACGCUGAAUCAAUGUUAUGUUUUCGACCAAAACGCCCACUCAUCCAUAAUUCAAUGACUUUUCAAACAUAUUUCCCGGUCAAUCAUAAAUCAACAUUAGUUCAUCAACUAUAAAACAAUGUUAACCCAACCAUCGCCUGACAUAUAGUAAAACAAAAUUGUUUCAACGUCACUUGAUGUUGAAAAUUUUGAUGUCAACCAGACUGAUUAUUUUGAUGGAAAAUUAAUGUUUAUUCAAUGUCGGUCUGCUAUCUGGGAAACUUUUCCAGCAUUAUUUCGUUGUGUAAAUGCUAAUGGUGUAACGGUACACGUAAUAGUAUUGAAUCGUUUCGGUACGUGGUGCUCGGUUCAGAACGGACGAAUACCGAAUGAGUUUCUGACGUAAUUUAACCCUUACUUUUCGAGGUUGUGAGCCGAUCGCGUUACAGUUUCUUUGUGUAGAUUAGAUUUACUCCGUCUUCUCUACUAUAAUGAGGACUAACACGGUAGGACACUAUAACCCAGAAACGUCAACGGCGCGACAACGUGGCCGCCGCGAGAACGCAGUGAAACGCGGGUGUUAGAGUCAAUCAGCCAAUGCACACCAGUCGCAGUGCGGCCGACUGUUAGAUGCGUCCCAGAAGGGGCUCAACGCAACGCACGCGAAAAGAACGGCAGAGUUUAUUAUUUGACGCGAGACGCGGCCCUCCUGCGUCAAUACUACUACCGGUAGCUAGGAUCGGGCCGGAAGUCACUCGUGUAAAAAUACGGUGGACCCGGUCGAUUUUUAAACUAAUAUGCAAUCGUAACCUACUUUUUGAGUCCAUCAGAUCGCUUGAGUGGUAGAUCGGGGCACAGUUGACUUAUCUUUGUUGAUUUACUGCUUUCUUCUCUGCUAUAAUAAUAACCAACACGGCCCCGUGUCCAAUACAAAACCCUCCUACCACAACAAAACAAGUAGGAACUAAUAUUCACAUAGGAACUGAAGUUAUACAACAUAAAAUGUACAAUAUAAAUGAAUACUACAUCACAUUUGUAAAAUAUAAACACAUUAUAAAAUAAAUAAUAGCCCAUUUAAAUAAAAUAAAUUGAAAUGAGCUAAAACACCUGUAAUUAAAUCAUAAGAAUAAUACACACAUCCUGCAUACACAAUUAAAUUUAUUCAUUUCUGUGUGGCGCUUUAACUUGAGAAAAUCUGCCAAUAAAGCUUUUGAAAACCGUUCAUAAGAAAAAAAAAAUGUUUCAUUGAGGCAUUUCAUUUGUAAAAUACAUGUAAAAAUCUUUGUCAUUGGGAUUGCUUUUCUCUUUAGCAGAGGACUUUUUUCUUCUUUCAGAAAGAAAUAAAGCUAACCAAUACGCGGGGUCUGGAAGGCAAAUUGUUGUUGGAUUAUCUUUAAAUACCCACUACUUUUUGAGCAGGAUUCUAGCAUAUAGGCUAAUGUUCCUGUUGUUGAAAGCACAAAAGUGUGUAAUAAACAACUAGCACAUUUAUAUUUUUCAUUUUAUUUUCUUACUGUACCGAAAAUGAACCGAACCGUGACCUCAAAACCGAGUUACGUACCGAACCGCGAUUUUUGUGUACCGUUACACCCCUAGUAAAUGCAUUUAUGAUGAUCAUAAAAAUAUGUAGACUACUUAAACAAGGGGAGAAAACUUGCGUUUUUUUUCUGCCAACUCGAGGAAAUAGAAAUAAAUGUCAAAUCCACUAUUCUAUUAAGAUAUAAAUGUUUAUUUAAUAUCCAUCUUACAGUCUUGUUUAACUGGGAGAAUUUGUUACCAAAGACAGGCUUUAAUUUGUUAUCAUUUUGCAUGUAUGCACUGGCAUUGUGACAAAACAUGAUCACACAAAACGCAACCACGCAUCACAUCCCUGCAUUUCCUCCUUCUCAGUCCUCACAAAUAAAACAUAAAAUUUCGUGGUUUUUUUCGGGCUCCUGUCUACAAAUAAAACAUAAAAUUUCGUGCAAGCAAAUUAAGUAAAUUGACCGGGCUCAGGCUGGGUAGGGCUUUAAUACCCGCGGGCCGGUCGGGUGAGGCUGGAUAUUUUAGGCCCAAUCUACCUUCAAGCGUCAUGUAAUGUUAGCAUACCGUACACCUAUUCAGCCUGUUGUUCUCUAUUGUAUUUUAAAUUGCCUUUCAAGAUGUUCUGUUCAUGGUGCUGGAUUCUAUCAAAUAAAUUUCCCCCCAAAAAUGCGACUUAUACUCCGGUGCGACUUAUGUAUGUUUUUUUUCCUUUUCAUUGCACAUUUUUUGGCUGGUGCGACGUAUACUCAGGUACGACGUAUAGUCCAAAAAAUACGGUAGUUAUUUAGAAUACCAUACCUGCCUUUUCUCCCAAGUUGCGUGCAUGUUUAUUUUUUUUUAUUAUUAUCAUUGUAAAUGUUAAGUUCAUCGAGCACCUAUUGUGGAAGGCUGCUUCACAAGUCAGUUUGUUUCUUGAUUUUUUUUUUUAAAUCAGAUAAUAGCAUGGAUGGAAUUCUACCAGCCUGCUGUAUAGCCUUCUGUUCUCCAUCUAUUCCACUGAAUCAGACAUGCUACAUUGCCAGUGAUUUGUCUUCCGCUGGCAAUAUAGCACCUCAUGCAACUUUAAUGUGUUUGAUAUGAGUUACAAGUUCAUUUGACCAUAUCUUAACAAAAAUGAUUCAUUAUUUUAUCCCUCCCGGUGUCCCACCAUCUCCAAACUGUCUUGAAGAGAAAAAGUGUGCAUGUAUGGUAAUAGGAAGGCAAUCAAACUUUCUAAUGAGGGGCUUAGAAAUGCACAUUGAGCUAUAGUUUUCUUGAAUUUACAUAUAGUAUUUCCUAUUGUUUGUCACAAAUUUGCUAUUUAAUACUGAUUAGUUUUUGGAGUCAUGAGAUUCAGUUUGUAUUAUGUUUGGGAAUCAUCCCACACAUUAACUCAUUCACUGCCAUAGACGUCAAUCGAGAUAAUUGCACUGUUGUAAAAUAUAAGACACUCUCAAUUAAAAUAUCGUUUAAAUGAGGCAUGUCUGUGAUCUUAAUUGUUUGAGUGACCAAAUUUAAAUGAGAUUAAAUGUCAUGUAUACAUCACAGCUGGCAAACUUGUGAGCUCCCUUUUUCACAUCGCUGAAAAAUUAAUAGACCUUAUCAACACGCACCACGAGCACAGAAUUAUUUAUGUCAGUGUAUAUGCAUGCACGAGCGAUGCUUUUUCCUGAGACAAAUGUGUAUUAAUUCCAAACCGCCAGUGAACCUCUGGGAUUCUAUAUGCAUCCAGGGAGAAUAUAGUGUAUAUACAACAUGUCCAUAUUCAGAACAUAUGUGCGCAUGCUGCAGCUCAUUAACUGGAGAAGCUGAGCUUUCAAGGAUCCUACAGGGCCCAUCUCAACUUAAGUUACAGUACAAGAUAGCUAACAAUUCCUAUUCAUUUU